AUGUCAAAGUUUAGAAAUGAAUUAUCAUCGUUUAAUGUUGAAGUUCAUCCAUAUAACAUCCUACGUAGUUUUCUUCUUUCUUUAUAUGUCAAGAACCUUCAGUGCACAGUAUUGCAGGCUCUCCAGAUAAUUUAUGGACCCUUAAAAGAAUUACCAAACUCUCAAUUCCAUCCUCGUUUAUUUCGAUUUGAAACGGAGAUUAAGGACCGUAUUUCACUUCAAACUUUACUUUGA